AUUCUUCUAGCAGAUGGCUCCGACUUGUUUCUGUCUGCUAAAAACAGCCGAUGCAAGGGAAUUAUUGUGAAGCAAGAAAAGGACUCACCAGCGUGGAGACUGCUGCAUUCUUACAUCACAGGAAGUGUAACCAGUGACAUCACGACGUUGUCAUGUAACAAGGUACCAGAGUUGACCAGAGUCAUACUUGUGUCCAGGACUGCCCAGGGCUUUCGGAAGCCAUUUCUUGAAGAACUAGAGGACAGCGCUGAAGAAAUCUUCAUUGAUCCUUCAGUGAGUCCCCAAGACAUUCUCUAUGUGUUUACUACAUCGGGCAGCACUGGUUACUGCAAGCUGGUGCCUCGAACGCAAGCCGAGAUUGUUGAACUGGCCUUUAGUUAUGAGAUUGCCAAAGUCCCCAGUGUUCAAUAUUGUGAUCGUAGCCUAGGUUGGUUAGGAGGCUAUCCAUUCACUGUGUACUGUAUUGGAGAGAAGAGAGUUAUGUUGGACUGGUACAACCGACACGGGAGGAAGACAGGCAAGGAAAUAUGGACGGCUAUUUGUAAAGAAAAGUGUACAUCAGCGAACUGUCGGCAAAUCGACGUAGAGCGCGUGGUGAAGUACCUGGACAGUAUCGGUGGCUCAGACUACAAGUUGAAGACGUUGAUGACGUCUGGACAGCCUGUAACACAGUCGCAGGUGUCCAGUGACCUGGCUAUCGCUGAAGCUGUUGUACUUGGUUACGGAUGUACAGAAGCUCAUUACUUAUCCAAGGCAUUUGUUGAAGAUGCCAACGCUGAGGACUUCUUCUGCGGCAAACCAUGUCCUGGGGUAGAGCUGAAGAUCAUUGACGACAAUGGAGACAAGUGCCCGCCACGGCAGACUGGGACUCUCCUGGCUAAAGGUGGGAACAUAUUUUCUGGUUACUUUAACCUUUUAGAGGACCCAGAUCCGAACACUGUCAAAUGUUUCACCAAGGACGGAUGGUUCAACACGGAGGAUCUCGGCUUUUGGGAUGAAGAAGGCAACUUCUAUGUCCUGGGCAGGAACAAAGAUACGAUCAUGUACGGAACUGUGGUUCUGUACCCGGGGUGGCUGGAGGCGAAAAUCCUCCAACAUCCUGACGUGGCUGAAGCUGUCGUCUUGCCUGUGUUCAGCAGUUUCCCAGAGACCCCAACUGGCAAGCCGGACAAGCAGCUGUUGAGAAAACUGGUUGAAGAGAAGUUUGGUGUUCAGUCGGGUCAAGGUUCAUCUGGCAGCAAGUGA